AUGGUUUUCGUUAUGCCUUUUCAUCCAUCAUCAAAUUCAAUAAACGUGUUUUUGUGUGUUUCAAACGUUCAAACCGGAAGUCAAAAUGCCGUUACAAGCGAUUUAGAUCCAGAUUUUACAAAUGCAAUAACAAACGUUACCGUACCCAUAGGUAGAGAAGCCAUAUUGUCUUGUUCCGUAUCGAAUCUCGGACACUUUAAGGUCGGAUGGUUGAAAGCAGAAGAUCAAACGAUAUUAACGCUACACAAUAAAGUCGUGACACAUAAUUCGAGAAUAAGCGUGACACACGAUAAUGCAAACACGUGGCAAUUAAGAAUAAGACAAGUUAAAGAAUCCGAUCGUGGUUGUUACAUGUGUCAAAUAAAUACAAACAAAAUGAAAAAACAAUUGGGAUGCGUCGACGUGCACGUACCGCCCGAUAUAAUUGACGAAGAAACAAGUUCGGAUGUGACGGUUAGAGAAGGUGAAAAUGCAACAUUAAUAUGCCGUGCCAAAGGUCAUCCCGUGCCUAGAAUUAUAUGGAAAAGAGAAGAUGGCGAUCAUUUAUUGUUUAAAUCAGGUCCAAGAGAAAUUAUAAAAGUUGAUUCGCAUCUUAGUGACACGUACAGUUUGACAAAAGUUAGCAGAACUCAAAUGGGUGCUUAUCUUUGUAUAGCAUCAAAUGACGUACCUCCGGCCGUUAGCAAAAGAGUCGUUUUAAAUAUUAAUUUUGCUCCAUCAAUAAAAAUUCCAAAUCAAUUACUCGGUGCUCCAUUGGGUACAAACGUUUUACUAGAAUGUCACGUUGAAGCAUUUCCAAAUACAAUUAAUUAUUGGAUGAAAAAUAGAGGUGAAAUGUUACUCAACGGGAAAAAACACAUAAUAGAAGAAGAAAAAAAUUUAUAUAAGGUUCAUUUAAAAUUAACCGUAUCGGAUUUUAAUAAAAACGAUUUGGGUACUUAUAUGUGCGUAUCGACAAAUUCAUUAGGUAGAGCGGAUGGAACGAUUCGUUUAUACGAAAUAAAAGUACCGACGAAAAUACCAACGACGACGACUACUACGACGAGCACAACGGAAAUUUCGUACACAUACACGGCAGUUGGAGCCAUCGAAGGAACAACAAUAGAAAAAAUCGUAGAAAUAAAAAGAAAAUUUAUUCAAUCACCGACAACAUUAGCAUCUUUAGGAUCUCUUAAAGAGGAAGGAACCAUAGGUCGUAGUAGUUCGACAUUGGAAAAAGAUUAUAACGAAAAAAUUAUUUUUCUAUCCAUUUCCGUCGAUCGCGUGCGGGAGUACACAUCCGGUACAAUUUUUUUUUGA